CUGUCACUACCCGAUCCAUCAAUUGUCCAAGCGCUUUUUACUUGUUUAUUUUUGCAAGCGGAAUUACUGCUCCUUGCGGAAGACCACAGACGAAGGACGAGGUUAAGAACGGGGGAAGUACUGUCGCCUACAGGUCUGGCAUGUCCUUAACAACGUAUUUAUCCGGGAACGUGUGGACAGAGUUUGUUUUUAAAACGAGGUGGUGUGGAUGCAAGUUUUUGGAGGGGCGGAUAUUCGUUUUUAAAAAAAAAACAGCUACGUGUGGACUAGGCCUUAGUCUCUCCACUGUAGUUUUCUAUAGGUUUAUGAUUUCAGUUCUUUAGUCUCCUUUAGUGUGUGUGUUCCCUUCCCCACUUCAGAUCAUUCAUUUACUUAUUAGUUUCACCUGUGCCCUGUGUCCCCACACACCUGCUCCUCGUCUCGUAUCACCCAGCCCUGUGUGUAAAACCCUGCCUGUGUCUCCAGUGUUUGUCGGUUCAUUGUCUUUCGUCAGCGUUGCUUUAUCCCCGUCUCUAGUAACUAUACAUUCUGGCUCAUGAGUGAUCUUUUAUUUUUGACUUUUUGAACUUUAAUUUUGGCGUAGAGUCCUGCAGUUUUUUUUUUUGAGUGUUUUAUCCUAAUAAAAGGAUUUUUUUAUUCAUACAACCUCUCCAGCCUUGAGUUGUGUGGUGUUCUGCGUUUUGGGUCCAGUCCUCCUGCGCUCGCAGCGUGACACAUGAUGUUCACAUCAUGAGGCUGAAUUAAGGAAACACCUUUUUUAUUAUUUUAUUAGCUGCACACAUGAUUGAUGGAGCUAAGCUAACAGGAGCCUACGAGAGCCAUGAUUCCCCAUUUAACAGAAUACUACAUCAGAUGUGUUUAUAUUGGUUCUGUUUUUUUUUUUUUGUUCCUCAGACUGAGGACACUGUUAUUGCACUGAUGACACAACCAUGCUUGGAAAAAUCCAGUUUAUUCUUGAAAUGUUUUAAGGUUUAGGUAUUUGAUGUUGCAGUGGUCUUGUACCAGUUAUUUACAUGAGUUAGUUACAGGUGAGACCAUAUUCAAAUGUUUUGACUUUCACCUGAAAUUUUCAUACUAAGUGUUUGAAAGCUAGUUUUGUUGUUUCCAGGAUUCAAAGCUUUAUUGAAGUGUCUUUCUGGAAGAUUCUGCAGCAGGGAGCUGAUUGGAAUAAUGGGGCCCUCGGGGGCUGGAAAGUCCACUUUAAUGAACAUUCUAGCUGGAUACAGGGAAACAGGAAUGAAGGGGGAGAUCCUGGUUAAUGGGAAACCCAGGGACCUGAGAACAUUCAGGAAGAUGUCCUGCUACAUCAUGCAGGAAGACAUGCUCCUUCCACACCUUACUGCCCGGGAAGCCAUGAUGGUUUCUGCCAACUUAAAACUGAAUGAAACACUGGAAGUGAAAAAAGAAGUGGUCAAUGAGAUUCUCACUGCUUUAGGGCUCCUUGACUGCGCUCACAUCAGGACCAGCUCUCUGUCUGGGGGUCAGUGUAAACGUCUGGCCAUCGCGUUGGAACUAGUAAACAAUCCUCCAGUUAUGUUCUUCGACGAGCCCACCAGACCAGUACCCUUCCACAUCCACGCGCUUCGCCCACUCGUCAUGUGCUCACACAUUUCACACCAGAACACCACUGGUGUGAGGUUCUCUACUGAAUAAUAUCAGAGAAGGACGGCCGGAUGCUACAACUUCAACUUUAGGAAAAAUUACCCUAAAGAAAAACACCAUUUGAAGUCAUGGACAACAAAAGAUGUUUGAUGCUGCAACUGGUGUUUAGCUCUCUCUCGUUUACUGUGGCAAUGUGUGUUCCCAUGUAAGGUGGAGUUGACCUAUAAGAACGAUCAGCUUGUAUUCUCAUUAGAGACGUAGACACAUUUUAAGAGGAAUUCAGAGUUUAUAGGAAUUGAUUCUUAAAUCAUGAAACUGGUCAAAUGACUUGUUUAGGACCUACAAUUUCAAACUCUAGGAUUUGAAUUAGUCAUUACUUGUAUGAAAGGACAAGACUCUGUCCGAUUGUUGUACAUCCACUCUUGUUUGAUUUUAUAUACCCAUGUUUAUUUUGUGUUUUAUCCAAAAUUAUUUUAGCAGUGAUGUGUUUUAUCAUUGGUGAGU